AUGAGGAGGGGGGGGGGGGGGGGGGCGUCCCAAUUCCCGGCGCGGCCGCACCGUGACCUGCCUCACGACCUACUUGUUCCCGCUACUGCGAUCGCUCAGAGACCAGCGCUGACAUCUGCUUGCUGGUCAGGCCGCGCCUAUUUCCAGAUUGCGAUCGAUUCGAUUGCUGUAGCGUGCAUCCUCCCGCACAAGGCCGUUCCUGAGGCCGGUGAUGCGUCACUCAUUGUGAUCGCUGAAUGCCUGACAGCUGAUGUUAAUCACCAUUCGCAACGCUCGCUCAUGCACUGCAAAUUAUAUGGAGUGAACACAGAGAGAAUGGCCAGGAGAGCAUCGGGACUGUACCCGGCUUCACUUAGGCACACUGAAGUAGAAGAUUUUCUAUUUUUUUUUGAA